AUGGCCGUUUCGGAAGCUGGUGAGUCGUUGGACACAAUGUUCGAGUCGUUCAAGGAGCAUCUGGAGAAUGAUCGCGCUGUAAAGGAGGUUAGUUUGCAUUCAUCUUUUUCUUUAUUUGCUGAGAUUUUUUCAAGUUUUUCUUGCUAUUCACAUCGACUUCCCUGA